AUGCCUGCGCUCUGGGCCCUGCUGGCCCUCGGCUGCCUGCGCCUCGGCUCAGCUGUGGACGUGCAGCCCCAGCUGGCCAGUGUGACCUUUGCCACCAACAACCCCACGCUCACCACCGUGGCCUUGGAGAAGCCACUCUGCAUGUUUGACAGCUCCACUGCCCUCGUUGGUGCCUACGAGGUCUACCUCUACGUCCUGGCUGCGGCAGUCAUCCCGUACUCGGCGAUCGACACGUGGCCAGGCCGGCGGAGCGGAGGCAUGAUCGUCAUCACGUCCAUCUUGGGCUCCCUGCCCUUCUUCCUGCUCGUGGGGUUCGCGGGCGCCAUCAUCCUGAGCUUCGUGGAUAUGGGGAGUUCGGAUGGGGAAACGACGCAUGACUCCCAGAUCACACAGGAGGCUGUCCCCAAGUCCCUGGGGAGUUCGGACCCUUCGUACACGUCUGUGAACCGGGGGCCUUCUCUGGACAGGGCUGAGGUAUAUUCCAGCAAGCUCCAGGACUGA